AUGGUACUUUGUGCUGUGAGGCAGCAGCUCCUGAGCAGCAGCAGCGGCUGUGCAGCCUGGACCAGGUAACACACACAAAAAAACAUAUUUUAUCACCAUGUUGGUGACAGUUAAUACAGUGAGAAAAAUGAAGACUCCAAGCAUCAGCAGUAGGGCGACCCACAGUGUUUUUUUCACAAAUACACCCACAAGCACAAGUCUCAAAGAUACAAAUGCAUUCCUUCGGUGCUUAUGCAUGCAUUAAGAUGUGCAUAUCACAAGAAGAAAUAACUUCGUAGAUGACAUGACUUAAAAUCUGAAUGUCUGAAAAAAAAAAAGAUUUCUAUAAGGAACUUAACCUUGCCAUUUAUUCCCACUCAAAUCUUGCAAAUUCAAAUGUAGUGUUGUAAAAAUCAAUUCAUCUUUAAUCUUACAGCAAACAUCUGAUUUAAAAAGGCAAGAGUAUAUCAAAUAGUGAUACCUGAAAUGUUACAGUAGUUAGAUUAGAUAGACGGUGACUGCCAUGAAGUGACUGGUUUUUGAUAAAAGUUGUUCCUCUAAGGUUGCUGCAGAGACAGAGCAGAGGCUGUGUGUACUCCAGCAUCCAUGGCUUCAACCAGGAGGAGAUAAAAGAGAAGCUGCAGGCCUUUCCCGGAGGCUCCAUCGAUCUGCUCAAACAGGAGUCAGGUGUCGCCGUGCUGACCAUCAACAACCCCUCCCGCAUGAACGCUUUCUCUGGUGAGGUCACUAAGUGUUUACAGGAGUAUUUAUUCCGACAGAGACGAGUGCAUACUUUGUAUUCUCAGAAUAAAACAUAUGCACAUAACCAGCAUAGAAAGUACUAGUUGUUAGCUCUUCUUUGUCUGUUUCUGUCCCCAUAGGCAGUAUGAUGGUCGAUCUGGAGGAGAGGGUGAGCCAGCUGGAGAGCUGGACAGACGGUAAAGGCCUCAUUGUUCAAGGUGCUGCAGGGACUUUCUGCUCUGGAUCAGACCUCAAUGCUGUCAGAGCGAUUUCAAACCCACAGGUAACGAAGCAAAGAAACUACAAGCUUCCCUUUAACUUUUAAAUGCUUGUUUUUGCCUCGGUCUUUGAGAUGAGCACUUACCCAGAGAACUCUGAAAUGUUUCUUUUGCUUCUAGGAUGGGAUGAAGAUGUGUAUGUUCAUGCAGAAUACUCUAACAAGACUACUUCGGUAAUGAGCUCCUUUUUUUCUCUUUAUAGCCAGAGCCUAAACUUAUAAACGUUUGAGUUAAGAUUUAAUGUGUACCAAGUUUGGUGACAAAGUAUUUUUCUUAGUGCAGGCUGCCUCUGAUCUCAGUAGCCUUGGUGGAGGGGAGGGCUCUGGGAGGGGGUGCUGAGCUCCUCACUGCUUGUGAUUUUAGGUAAGAUUUUCAUACUAUUGCGGUUCACAAAACAGAUGUAACCAAAAUUUCACUUGUAAUUUCACUUUUCUUCCCCUCUCUCAAAGGUUAGUGGCACCAGGCUGCGUGAUUCAGUUUGUCCACAAGCACAUGGGUCUGGUCCCAGGCUGGGGCGGUGCUGCUCGACUUGUCCACAUUGUUGGAAGCUGUCAGGCUCUGAAGCUGCUUAGUGGUGCCCUGAAAGUGGAACCAGAACUCGGCCUGCAGAUAGGACUGGCAGAUGGGCUCUUGGAGGCCCCCCAGGUGGAGGAGGGUGCAGGGAGCCUCCAGCAGCAGGCGGAAAACUGGCUCAGUCGUUUUACAAAAGGACCUGCACCAGUGAUCCGGGCUGUGAAGAAGGUGGUGUUGUCGGGCAGAGAGCUCCCUCUGUCUGAGGCUCUGAGGACUGAGAAGGAUGUGUUUGGGACAGUUUGGGGCGGUCCGGCUAACCUGCAGGCUCUGGCCAGCAGGUCCAAACACAAAUGA